UAUCAGAGGUGGUCAGGAACGUAAGAGAAACCCUAGCUAGUUCAUAUACAACUAGCUAGAUUAUAAGCAAAGCACAUUUGAUUAGCUGUAUUUCAACACUAAUGGCUGACAACAGUGGAGUUCAUCUUCUUCCUCCACUGAGUCCAUUAGGUUCUUACAUCAAUACUGAAAAACUUCAGUUCUAUAUUAUGGGUGUGCUUGAAUUAGAAAACCCAUUUUCAGAAUCUCAAACUCUCGAUUUCCUCAGAGAUGUCUUCAUACCUAUUAACACUAGAUUUUCUUCCAUGAUUCUCACUGAUGAGAAAGGUGUUCAGAGAUGGAAAAAGAUUGAUACCAUUCCUGAAAAUCAUCUCAUCAUUCCAACCCUUUCACCAUCAUCAGAAGAUCAACAACUAUAUGAUGAACAAGUCCAUGAUUAUCUUGCGAAAAUUAAUUUGAAACCAUUUCCUGAACACCUUUCUCCAUGGGAUGUUCAUCUUAUUACUUAUCCCACUACAAAUGCAAAAACAACCUUAGUUUUCAACCUACACCAUGCACUUGGUGAUGGUUAUUCAAUUAUGGGUGCACUGUUCUCUAUCUUUAAAAGUUCAGCAAAUCCUAAACAUCCUCUUAGAUUUCCAACUGCUUCUUCAAGAAUGAACGAAGUUAAGACAAACUAUUCUAAGAUUUCUGGUUUGGUUACAAAAGCCAAAAACACUCUUACAGAUUUUACCAAGAAUGUUUUAGGUGCUUAUAUAUUGAAAGACGGUGAGACAGUUCUCAGAUCGACCACCCCAAGAGUUGAGUAUGAACCUAUUUCAAUCACCUCAGUCACAACUUCCAUGGAUUAUAUCAGAGAUAUUAGGUCCAAAGUUGGAGGGACAGUGAAUGAUAUCACAACUGGUUGGAUAUCAUAUGGGCUUCAUUUAUACAUGAAGAAACUGGGAGAAUCUGGUGACGGAAGUUCAAGAUGUACUGCUUUAGUGGUCAUGAACAUGAGAAUGUAUAGGGGUUUUAAAAGUAUCGAAGAGAUGUUAAAGGCAAAUAUUUGGGGAAAUCACUUUGGACUCUUGAGUGUAUCACUUCCAUCUUUUGUUAGUGAUGAUAUGGAAAGUGUAGAUCCUCUGGAUUACAUAGUUCAAGCAAAAGAAGAGAUGCUGAGAAAGGCCAAUUCUUUUGGUGCUUUUUUCACUAGUAAACUACUCCAUUAUAUGGGAAAGGUUACUGGCCCUGAGGGACCAGCCAAUUUCAUUUAUUCAAAUGUGAGGAACAAGAGUAUUAUGAUCUCAAAUAUGUGCGGUCCAGUAGAGAAAGCAGCUGUAGCAGGCAAUCCACUCAAGGGUUUCUAUUUCAUUAUACCAGGGAUGCCUCAGAGUCUUACAUUUACUAUUGUAAGUUACAUGGGAAAGCUAAGACUGGUGACAACUUCAGAGAAAGGAUUCAUCGAUGCUAAAUUAAUGAACUCGUGCCUGAAAGAAGCAUUUCAAAAAAUGUACUCUGCUGCAUGUGGCGAAAUUCCAGUGAUGGAGUAAUCUAAGAUAGCCAUCCUUCCAAUUAAAAGGUUAUCAAGUCAAACAACUAAAUUCCUGAGCCUCAAUAUUUGUUGCUGUCAAAUAUGCCAAUAAUUUAUAUGUACCAAAAGUCGGGUAGACGAAUAUUGUAUUUCUUUUGAUGCAUUGUGUAAGCUUUUCAUCUUUUCAGUGAAUCUAAAUUGUCAAUACAUCUGUGCUA